CUUUUAAAGGUGCAAGUGCCGUGUCAGAUCCCGUAAACCACGCAGCUCCCUCCCUGACCGGCGGCGGAUGUUCCUCCUCCUUCCCCGGGAUGACCGCCUUUGAACCGGGACAUGCACGGUGUCCACUCCCCGGGCACUUUCCAUCGAUUUGGUGCAAUGCGUGCCGCACUUGAUCCGCGCUGACGACCCCCCCUUCCACCCGUCUCUCCGCGGCGGUCCACACGGCGUCACGGCGUCCUCCACAGCCGAGCUUCCCUCUUCUCAUCACCGCCUGAAAAACCACCCUCGCUUGCCGGCCCGCGGGUGGGAGGAGACACGCACACACAGGCGUGAGAAGACGACAGGAAGGGUGGGAGGGAGACGCUCGUGUUUCUCCUCCACGCAGAGCCGAAGCACACGCGGGGUUUAGUCCGCCAAGCUCUGCACGCCGUGACGGAACACUUCAAGACUUUUUUUUUUCCUUCUUCUUCAUUUUUUUGGGGGGGCUGUUGGUUCGUCAGCUCGCUUCCGCCCUCCCCUCCUCCCCACGCGGCGAGACAUGGCGAAAGAGAACGGCGAGUCCGCCGACGGGUCGUGGAAAAAACACGUCGACGACAUCAAGAGCGUGUUCGACUUCAAGGAAGUGCUGGGCACCGGUGCGUUCUCCGAGGUGGUGAUGGCUCGGGAGAAGGCCACGGGAAAGAUGGUGGCCAUCAAGUGCAUCCCCAAGAAGGCCCUGAAGGGGAAGGAGACCAGUCUGGAGAAUGAGAUCGCAGUGCUGAGGAAGAUAAAACAUGAGAAUAUCGUGGCUCUGGAGGACAUUUACGAGAGCUCCAAUCACCUGUACCUCAUAAUGCAGCUGGUGUCCGGGGGCGAACUCUUUGACCGCAUCGUGGAGAAGGGCUUCUACACCGAGAUGGACGCCAGCCGCCUCAUCCGGCAAGUUUUGGAUGCCGUCAACUACCUCCACGCCAUGGGCAUCGUGCACAGGGACCUCAAGCCGGAGAACCUCCUUUACUUCAGCCCGCACGACGAGUCAAAGAUCAUGAUCAGCGACUUCGGCCUGUCCAAGAUGGAGGGAACCGGGGACGUGAUGGCGACCGCCUGCGGGACUCCGGGAUACGUGGCACCGGAGGUGUUGGCGCAGAAGCCCUACAGUAAAGCUGUGGACUGCUGGUCCAUAGGGGUCAUCGCUUAUAUUCUGCUUUGCGGCUACCCUCCUUUCUACGACGAGAACGACUCCAAGCUCUUCGAGCAGAUCCUCAAGGCCGAUUACGAGUUUGACGCCCCCUACUGGGAUGACAUUUCAGAUUCUGCCAAAGACUUCAUCAACUGUCUCAUGGAGAAGGAUCCGGAAAAGAGGUUUACAUGCAAUCAGGCUCUGGAGCACCCCUGGAUCGCGGGCGACACGGCCCUCUGCAAGAACAUCCACGAAUCUGUCAGUCGCCAGAUGCGGAAGAACUUUGCCAAAAGCAAAUGGAGGCAAGCCUUCAACGCCACAGCCGUCAUCCGCCACAUGAGGCGCCUGCAGCUGGGCACCAGCUUCAACAGCAGCAUCCACGGCGGCGGCGCCUCGGCCGCGUCCAACGCCGCCAGCCGAGCGCCGGCCAAAAGUCAGUCCGUGGACUGUGCGCCACUCGGCCUCGACAACUUUCCUCCAAUCGCCCCCCUGCCCUCCGCCUUCAAUCAGGACUCGGACCCGGCCCCCUCCGUCCUGGAGGAGCCGGCCAUGCCGCGCCCCUCCACCGUCACGGUCAUCCACACCGGGACUAAAUGACGCCAGGUGCCGCGGGAGGUGAGCUGGGAGACCACGGAGCUUUAAAGACGCAGGCAAGUGGUUGCCCAGUUUCCCCAUCCCGCUGCCUCCCGUCGGGGGGGGCCCCCUCUCGCUCGCCCCCUGCCGCCGUCCUUCAGACACGGACGGGAAAAAGAGGCGUGGAGACUACACCGAAUGUUAUUCCUGAAGCGGGGCGUUUUUAAAAGGGAAGUUUUUCAUCCAAGCUGCUGUGGGCGUCGUCCAAUCAGAUGCUCCGAUGUAUGCCUUGCGUAAAUAGCGGGAGUAAUUGUCCGCCUGCCCCGCCCCCCCCGCCUGUCUUCUUUGCUCCCGAGGCCUAUUUUGUGUGCGCUUUGCUGUUUAAAAGUGAAGCCAGACUUGGCCGAGGGGUCCGACCCCACUUUUGAUUUCGCAAAAACUUCGAAGGUCCUCCUUGACCGCCAGACGAGUUCUCAGGGAUGUGCUUGACGCCAACCGACCUGCGUAUUACUCUUGACGUGCCAACGGGAUGCCCUCUUUCUGUAAAUCGGCCGUUGUCGUCGCUCCCGGCUGCUUCUCGCUGUAAGUCCUGCUGGAUAACUUGUUUCCCUUUAAGUACUUUGACGUGGAGAACGUUUUUGAAUGUCUGCAAAAGCAAAAAAAGAAAAAAAGAAAGCAAAAACAAAAGUGGCGCGAUGAGUUGAUUGUAGUCGUUUUGCUUUUGCGUUCACAGCGGCCCCGCUCCCUUUUGAUGACAUCGUCCUUGUUCAGGGUGCGUUCACAUCUGUUUUAAAGUGUAACCUCUGCGUUUGCUCUCGCUCCACCUUGGUCAAACGCACUGAUCCGGGUUUAAAUGACAGCAGGAAGAUGCAAAAGUGAGAAAUAAGUUGGGAAGCCUUCUAAAAGUAUAUUUUAGCAUCGCUUCAUAACAUUCAUGCUGGUACCGUUAAAUAAAGCAGAAUAAAAAAAAACCAAUUACCAUUUCCAACUUGUAUUAAAGCUGUCUUUGGUCACAUGACGAAAAUACCAGUAUGAGCAAACUUUUAAACGAAACCCAAUUGGGGAGUGUGAACGCAGCCCUAAUGAGGACGCCCAUGUUGACUUUAAAGGGGAACUGCACAUGUUUAUUUUUAUUUUAUUUCGCCGAUCGUUCACAAUCAUUAGAUGUUUUUGUAAAUAAAAGUCCGUUUACAAUGGAGUCAAGGGAUAAAGCCCUCAAAAUAAACAUCCAAAAACCGGCGACUUAACACAAUUUCAUGAGCUCAAUGUAGUGGCGUCGUCGAUCACAGAGCGCUAACUGGCUUGGCCCGGUAUAUUGACGUCAGCUGGUGAGCUGCUUUCUCCCCUCUGGUCUCAUGAAAGUUUAGUCUCAAUAAUGAGUGAUGCAUCACACCUGGAUAGUAGAAGGAUGAGGACAUGAUCCAACAAGUUGGGACACUUUGGCAUCCAAUUUAAGACCCGGAAAGAUGCUUGAUUCCACCACCAUUUUGCGUCAUUCUUCAUUGAAACUUGAAUAUAUGAACACCGUGGCAGUCGGCAUCCUACUGACAGCAGACCUUGUACUGUGAGUGAUAUUUUCCUAUGUUUUUUUUACUCAAGUCUGCAUGAGUAAUAAUCAGUGGUGUUGAGGACAAAAUCCAACAAGUUGGUCAACUUUGGCAUCCAAUUUAAACCCUUAAAUGGCGAGAAAGACCCAAAAAGACGCUUGAUUCCACCCCCGUUUUGGGUCAUUCUUCAUCGAAACGGGAAUAUAUGAACGUCUUAGCAGUCGGCAUCCUAAUUACAGCAGACCCUGUACAGUAAGUGAUGUUUUAUUAUGUCUUUUGGCUCUCAAGUCUGCAACUGAUUUAAACCCUGAAAUGGCGAGAAAGACCCAAGAAAGCACCUGAUUCCACCCUUUUUUUUGUCAUUCUUCAUCGAAACGGGAAUAUAUGAACAUCUUAGCAGUCGGCAUCCUAAUUACAGCAGACCUUGUACAGUAAGUGAUAUUUUCUUAUGGUUUUUUUUGCUCUCAAGUCUGCAUCCAAUUUAAACCCGGAAAUGUCAGGAAAAACCCGAAAAAGCACUUGAUUCCACCCUUUUUUUUUAGUCAUUCGUCAUCAAAAUGAGAAUAUAUAAACAUACUAGCAGUCGGCAUCAUAAUAACAGCAGACCUUUUACAGUAAGUGAUGUUUAAUUAUAGUUGUUUGGCUCUCAAGUUUGCAUCCAAUUUAAACCCGGAAAUGGCGAGAAAGACCCAAAAAAACACUUGAUUCCACCCUUUUUUUGAGUCAUUCUUCAUCAAAACGAAUAUAUACAAACAUCCUAGCAGUCAGCAUCCUAAUUACAGCAGACCCUGUACAGUAAGUGAUGUUUUAUUAUGUUGUUUUGCUCUCAAGUUUGCAUCCAAUUUAAACCCGGAAAUGACAAGAAAGACCCAAAAAGACCCUUUAUUCCACCCUUUUUUUGAGUCAUUCUUCAUCGAAAGGGGAAUAUAUGAACAUCCUAGCAGUCGGCAUCACCAUUACAGCAGACCCUGUACAGUAAGUUAUAUUUUCUUAUGUUUUUUUGCUCUCAAGUCUGCAUCCAAUUUAAACCCGGAAAUGGCAGGAAAGACCCGAAAAAGCACUUGAUUGCACCCUUUUUUUUUGAGUCAUUUUUCAUCGAAACAGGAAUAUAUGAACAUCCUAGCAGUCGGCAUCAUAAUAACAGCAGACCUUGUACAGUAAGUGAUGUUUAAUUAUGUAGUUUGGCUCUCAAGUCUGCAUCCAGUUUAAACCCGGAAAUGGCGAGAAAGACCCGAAAAGACACUUUAUUCCACCCUAUUUUUGAGUCAUUCUUCAUCGAAACAGGAAUAUAUGAACAUCCUAGCAGUCGGCAUCAUAAUAACAGCAGACCUUGUACAGUAAGUGAUGUUUAAUUAUGUAGUUUGGCUCUCAAGUCUGCAUCCAGUUUAAACCCGGAAAUGGCGAGAAAGACCCAAAAAAACACUUGAUUCCACCCUUUUUUUGAGUCAUUCUUCAUCAAAACGAAUAUAUACAAACAUCCUAGCAGUCAGCAUCCUAAUUACAACAGACCUUGUACAGUAAGUGAUGUUUUAUUAUUUUUAUUGGCUCUCAAGUCUGCAUGAGUAAUAAUCAGUGAUGUUGAGGACAAAAUCCAACAAGUUGGGACACUUAGUCAACUUUGGCAUCCAAUUUAAACCCGGAAAUGGCGAGAAAAACACGAAAAGACUCUUCAUUCCACUCUUUUUUCAAGUCAUUCUUCAUCGAAACGGGAAUAUAUGAACAUCCUAGCAGUCGGCAUCGUAAUGACAGCAGACCUUGUACAGUUAGUAAUGUUUUAUUAUGUUGUUUGGCUCUCAAGUUUGCAUCCAAUUUAAACCCGGAAUUGGCGAGAAAGACCCAAAAAGACACUUUAUUCCACCCUUUUUUUGAGUCAUUCUUCAUCGAAAUGGGAAUAUAUGAACAUCCUAGCAGUCGGCAUCCUAAUGACAGCAGACCUUGUCCAGUAAGUGAUGUUUUAUAAUGUCUUUUGGCUCUCAAGUUUGCAACUGAUUUAAAUCCGGAAAUGUCAGGAAAGACCCGAAAAAGCACUUUAUUCGACCCUUUUUUUGAGUCAUUCGUCAUCAAAAUGGGAAUAUGUGAACAUCCUAGCAGUCGGCAUCCUAAUGACAACAGACCUUGUACAGUAAGUGAUGUUUUAUUAUGUUUUUUUACUCAAAUCUGCAUCCAAUUUAAACCCGGAAAUGGCAAGAAAGACCCAAAAGAGCACUUGAUUCCACCUUUUUUUUGAGUCAUUCUUCAUCGAAACGGGAAUAUAUGAACUUCUUAGCAGUCGGCAUCCUAAUUACAGCAGACCCUGUACAGUAAGUGAUGUUUUAUUGUGUCUUGUGGCUCUCAAGUCUCCAACUAAUUUAAACCUGGAAGUGGCGAGAAAGACCCGAAAAGACACUUGAUUCCACCCUUUUUAUUUGUCAUUCUUCAUCGAAACGGGAAUAUAUGAACAUCUUAGCAGUCAGCAUCCUAAUUACAGCAGACCAUGUACAGUAAGUGAUAUUUUCUUAUGGUUUUUUUUUGCUCUCAAGUCUGCAUCCAAUUUAAACCCCGAAAUGUCAGGAAAGACCCGAAAAAGCACUUGAUUCCACCCUUUUUUUUGAGUCAUUCGUUAUCAAAAUGGGAAUAUAUAAACAUACUAGGAGUCGGCAUCAUAAUGACAGCAGACCUUGUACAGUAAGUGAUGUUUUAUUAUGUUGUUUGGCUCUCAAGUAUGCAUCCAAUUUAAACCCGGAAAUGGCGAGAAAGACCCGAAAAGACACUUUAUUCCACCCUUUUUUUGAGUCAUUCUUCAUCGAAAGGGGAAUAUAUGAACAUCCUAGCAGUCGGCAUCACCAUUACAGCAGACCUUGUACAGUAAGUGAUAUUUUCUUAUGGUUUUUUUUGCUCUCAAGUCUGCAUCCGAUUUAAACCCGGAAAUGGCAGGAAAGACCAGAAAAAGCACUUGAUUCCACCCUUUUUUUUUGAGUCAUUCUUCAUCGAAACAGGAAUAUAUGAACAUUCUAGUAGUCGGCAUCAUAAUGACAGCAGACCUUGCACAGUAAGUGAUGUUUUAUUAUGUUGUUUGGCUCUCAAGUAUGCAUCCAAUUUAAACCCGGAAAUGGCGAGAAAAACCCAAAAAGACGCUUGAUUCCACCCACUUUUUGAGUCAUUCUUCAUUUAAAUGGGAAUAUAUGAACAUAGUGGCAGUUGGCAUCCUACUGACAGCAGACAUUGUACAGUAAGUGAUGUUUUAUUAUGUCUUUUGGCUCUCAAGUCUGCAACUAAUUUAAACUUGGAAAUGGCGAGAAAGACCCGAAAAGGCACUUGAUUCCACCUUUUUUUUUGAGUCAUUUUUCAUCGAAAUGAAAAUAUACAAACAUCUUGGCAGUCAGCAUCCUAAUGAUAGCAGACCUUGCACAGUAAGUGAUGUUUUAUUAUUUAUUUUGCCUCUCAAGUCUGCAACUAAUUUAAACUUGGAAAUGGCGAGAAAGACCCGAAAAGGCACUUGAUUCCACCCUUUUUUUGAGUCAUUCUUCAUCAAAAUGUAAAUAUGUGAACAUCCUAGCAGUCGGCAUCCUAAUGACAGCAGACUUUGUACAGUAAGUGAUGUUUUAUUAUGUUUUUUGGCUCUCAAGUCUGCAUGAGUGAUAGUGAGUGAUAGUGAGGACAAAAUCCAACCAGUUGGUCAACUUUGGCAUCCAAUUAAAAACCCGGAAAUGGCAAGAAAGACCCUGAAAGACGCUUUAUUCCACCCCCUUUUUGAGUCAUUCUUCAUCAAAACAGAAAAAUGUGAACAUCCUAGCAGUCUGCAUUAUAAUGACAGCAGAACUUGUACAGUAAGUGAUGUUUUAUUAUGUCUUUUGGCUCUCAAGUCUGCAUGAGUAAUAGUGAGUGAUAGUGAGGACAAAAUCCAACCAGUUGGUCAACUUUGGCAUCCAAUUUAAACCCGGAAAUGGCAAGAAUGACCCGAAAAGAUGCUUGAUUCCACCCCUUUUUUGAGUCAUUCUUCAUCAAAACGGAAAUAUGUGAACAUCCUAGCAGUCGCCAUCCUAAUGACAGCAGAACUUGUGCAGUAAGUGAUAUUUUAUUAUGUCUUUUGGCACUCAAGUGUGCAUGAGUAAUAAUCAGUCAUGUUGAGGACAAAAUCCAACAAGUUGGUCAACUUUGGCAUUAAAUUUAAACCCGGAAAUGGCAAGAAAGACCCUAAAAGACGCUUGAUUCCACCCCCUUAUUGAGUCAUUCUUCAUCAAAACGGAAAUAUGUGAACAUCCUAGCAGUCGGCAUCCUAAUGACAGCAGACCUUGUGCAGUAAGUGAUGUUUUAUUAUGUCUUUUGGCACUCAAGUCUGCAUGAGUAAUAAUCAGUCAUGUUGAGGACAAAAUCCAACAAGUUGGUCAACUUUGGCAUUAAAUUUAAACCCGGAAAUGGCAAGAAAGACCCUAAAAGAUGCUUGAUUCCACCCCCUUUUUGAGUCAUUCUUCAUUGAAACGGGAAAAAAUAAACCUCCUAGCAGUCGGCAUCCUAAUGACCGCAGACUUUGUACAGUAAGUGAUAUUUUAUUAUGUUUUUUGGCUCUCAAGUCUGCAUGAGUGAUAGUGAGUGAUAGUGAGGACAAAAUCCAACCAGUUGGUCAACUUUGGCAUCCAAUUAAAAACCCGGAAAUGGCAAGAAAGACCCUGAAAGACGCUUUAUUCCACCCCCUUUUUGAGUCAUUCUUCAUCAAAACGGAAAUAUGUGAACAUCCUAGCAGUCUGCAUUAUAAUGACAGCAGACCUUGUACAGUAAGUGAUGUUUUAUUAUGUCUUUUGGCUCUCAAGUCUGCAUGAGUAAUAGUGAGUGAUAGUGAGGACAAAAUCCAACCAGUUGGUCAACUUUGGCAUCCAAUUUAAACCCGGAAAUGGCAAGAAUGACCCGAAAAGAUGCUUGAUUCCACCCCUUUUUUGAGUCAUUCUUCAUCAAAACGGAAAUAUGUGAACAUCCUAGCAGUCGUCAUCCUAAUGACAGCAGAACUUGUGCAGUAAGUGAUGUUUUAUUAUGUCUUUUGGCACUCAUCAAGUCUGUAUGAGUAAUAAUCAGUGAGGUUGAGGACAAAAUCCAACAAGUUGGUCAACUUUGGCAUCAAAUUUAAACCCGGAAAUGGCAAGAAUGACCCGAAAAGACGCUUGAUUCCACCCACUUUUUGAGUCAUUCUUCAUUGAAACGGGAAAAAAUAAACCUCCUAGAGGUCAGCAUCCUAAUGACAGCAGACCUUGUGCAGUAAGUGAUGUUUCAUUAUGUCUUUUGGCACUCAUCAAGUCUGCAUGAGUAACAAUCAGUGAUGUUGAGGACAAAAUCCAACAAGUUGGUCAACUUUGGCAUCCAAUUUAUACCCGGAAAUGGCAAGAAUGACCCGAAAAGAUGCUUGAUUCCACCCCUUUUGUGAGUCAUUCUUCAUCAAAACGGAAAUAUGUGAACAUCCUAGCAGUCGGCAUCCUAAUGACAGCAGACCUUGUGCAGUAAGUGAUGUUUUAUUAUGUCUUUUGGCACUCAAGUCUGCAUGAGUAAUAAUCAGUCAUGUUGAGGACAAAAUCCAACAAGUUGGUGAACUUUGGCAUCAAAUUUAAACCCGGAAAUGGCAAGAAAGACCCUAAAGGACGCUUGAUUCCACCCCCUUUUUGAGUCAUUCUUCAUUGAAACGGGAUAAAAUAAACAUCCUAGCAGUCAGCAUCCUAUUGACAGCAGACCUUGUGCAGUAAGUGAUGUUUUACUAUGUAUUUUGGCUCUCAAGUCUGCAUGAGUAAUAGUGAGUGAUAUUGAGGACAAAAUCCAACAAGUUGCUCAACUUUGGCAUCCAAUUUAAACCCGGAAAUGGCAAGAAAAACCCUAAAAGACGCUUUAUUCCAACCCCUUUUUGAGUCAUUCUUCAUCAAAAUGGAAAUAUGUGAACAUCCUAGCAGUCGGCAUCCUAAUGACAGCAGGCCUUGUACAGUAAGUGAUGUUUUAUAUUGUCUUUUGGCUCUCAAGUCUGCAUGAGUAAUAGUGAGUGAUAGCGAGGACAAAAUCCAACAAGUUGGUCAACUUUGGCAUCCAAUUUAAACCCGGAAAUGGCAAGAAAGACCCUAAAAGACGCUUCAUUCCGCCCCCUUUUUGAGUCAUUCAUCAUCGAAACGGAAAUAUGUGAACAUCCUAGCAGUCUGCAUCAUAAUGACAGCAGACUUUGUACAGUAAGUGAUGUUUUAUUAUGUCUUUUGGCUCUCAAGUCUGGAUUAGUAAUAGUGAGUGAUAGUGAGGACAAAAUCCAACAAGUUGCUCAACUUUGGCAUCAAAUUUAAACCCGGAAAUGGCAAGAAAGACCCUAAAAGACGCUUGAUUCCACCCCCUUUUUGAGUCAUUCUUCAUCAAAACGGAAAUAUGUGAACAUCCUAGCAGUCGGCAUCCUAAUGAGAGCAGACCUUGUGCAGUAAAUGAUGUUUUAUUAUGUCUUUUGGCACUCAUCAAGUCUGCAUGAGUAACAAUCAGUGAUGUUGAGGACAAAAUCCAACAAAUUGGUCAACUUUGGCAUUAAAUUUAAACCCGGAAAUGGCAAGAAAGACCCUAAAAGACGCUUGAUUCCACCCCCUUUUUGAGUCAUUCUUCAUCAAAACGGAAAUAUGUGAAAAUCCUAGCAGUCGGCAUCCUAAUGACAGCAGACCUUGUACAGUAAGUGAUGUUUUAUAUUGUCUUUUGGCUCUCAAGUCUGCAUGAGUAAUAGUGAGUGAUAGUGAGGAGAAAAUCCAACAAGUUGGUCAACUUUGAAACUUUGACAUCCAAUUCAAACCCGGAAAUGGCAAGGAUGACCCGAAAAUACGCUUGAUUCCACCCCCUUUUUGAGUCAUUCUUCAUCAAAACAGAAAUAUGUGAACAUCCUAGCAGUCGGCAUUAUAAUGACAGCAGACCUUGUACAGUAUGAGAUGUUUUAUUAUGUCUUUUGGCACUCAUCAAGUCUGCAUGAGUAAUAAUCAGUGAUGUUGAGGACAAAAUCCAACAAGUUGAUCGACUUUGGCAUCAAAUUUAAACCUGGAAAUGGCAAGAAUGACCCUAAAAGACACUUGAUUCCACCCCCUUUUUGAGUCAUUCUUCAUUGAAACGGGAAAAAAUAAACAUCCUAGCAGUCAGCAUCCUAAUGACAGCAGACCUUGUGCAGUAAGUGAUGUUUUAUUUUGUCUCUUUGCACUCAUCAAGUCUGCAUGAGUAACAAUCAGUGAUGUUGAGGACAAAAUCCAACAAGUUGGUCAACUUUGGCAUUAAAUUUAAACCCGGAAAUGGCAAGAAAGACCCUGAAAGAUGCUUGAUUCCACCCCCUUUUUGAGUCAUUCUUCAUCAAAACGGAAAUAUGUGAACAUCCUAGCAGUCGGCAUCCUGAUGACAGCAGACAUUGUACAGUAAGUGAUGUUUUCUUAUGUCUAUUGGCUCUCAAGUCUGCAUGAGUAAUAAUCAGUGAUGUUGAGGACAAAAUCCAACAAGUUGGUCAACUUUGAAACUUUGACAUCCAAUUCAAACCCGGAAAUGGCAAGGAUGACCCGAAAAUACGCUUGAUUCCACCCCCUUUUUGAGUCAUUCUUCAUUGAAACGGGAAAAAAUAAACAUCCUAGCAGUCAGCAUCCUAAGGACAGCAGACCUUGUGCAGUCAGUGAUGUUUUAUUAUGUCUUUUGGCACUCAUCAAGUCUGCAUGAGUAACAAUCAGUGAUGUUGAGGACAAAAUCCAACAAGUUGGUCAACUUUGGCAUCUAAUUUAAACCCGGAAAUGGCAAGAAAGACCCUAAAAGACGCUUGAUUCCACCCCCUUUUAUAGUCAUUCUUCAUCAAAACGGAAAUAUGUGAACAUCCUAGCAGUCGGCAUCCUAAUGACAGCAGACCUUGUACAGUAUGAGAUGUUUUAUUAUGUCUUUUGGCACUCAUCAAGUCUGCAUGAGUAAUAAUCAGUCAUGUUGAGGACAAAAUCCAAAAAGUUGGUCAACUUUGGCAUCCAAUUUAAACCCGGAAAUGGCAAGAAAGACCCUAAAAGAUGCUUGAUUCCACCCCCUUUUUGAGUCAUUCUUCAUCAAAACGGAAAUAUGUGAACAUCCUAGCAGUCGGCAUCCUAAUGACAGCAGACCUUGUACAGUAAGUGAUGUUUUAUUAUGUCUUUUGGCACUCAUCAAGUCUGCAUGAGUAACAAUCAGUGAUGUUGAGGACAAAAUCCAACAAGUUGGUCAACUUUGGCAUCAAAUUUAAACCCGGAAAUGGCAAGAAUGACCCAAAAAGACGCUUGAUUUCGCCCCCUUUUUGAGUCAUUCUUCAUCAAAACGGAAAUAUGUGAACAUCGUAGCAGUCGGCAUCUUAAUGACAGCAGACCUUGUACAGUAAGUGAUGUUUUAUUAUGUCUUUUGGCUCUCAAGUCUGCAUGAGUAACAAUCAGUGAUGUUGUCGAAGGGGAAAGUGAACGUUUUGUACGCUGUAUGCUUAAAACGAGCAAAAUGUGGUAAAUAGUGCCUGUAAUUAUGAAUGUUGGUACAUUACAAAUAUACUUACAGCGUGUACAUAAAACCUCGGUGGAGGUGUUUGGGUGUUUUUUUCUGCGUUUUUUUCGGCAGACUCUCAUAGGCUCCAUUGUAAGCGGACUUUUGAUUGCGAAUGAUGGGCAAAAUCCCCCUCGCCCCCCCAAAACAAAAGUGCAGUUCACCUUAACUUUUUGUAAUUUAUGGUGAGUAAAUAAAUCAACUGAGCCUCAGUUUGCUGUAAAUACAAAACCGAAACGUUUACUGCAGUCUGGAAUGUUUCUUUUCUCAAUGUUUGUCGUCCUCCCCUCACAAAGCACCAAAAUAUAAAUAUAUAUAUGUAUAUAUAUAUAUGGAAGAAACUGUGAAGUCCCCAGAUGCAUGUGUUGCAUGUCGAUGCAAAAAUGUCGUGUAUUAAAAAACAAAACAAGUCUUA